AUGCCAGAGAAAGAAAGAAGACCAAGAGAUAAUCAGAUAAUGAAUAUCACCCAUUUCUCAGAUGAAAUAGAUGAGGCCGAUGAAAGGGAAGACUAUCCCAUGGACCAUUUCUCCUCAAUGGCCUUCUAUCGCAAAGAGGAUCCACAGGAGUACGCGUUUCCGCCUGAGGAGAGGCAAAAGGAGUAUGAGAAGUGGCGAAACAAUCCGGAAUGGGAGUGGCGCAGUGACUAUAAGGACGAGUAUGCGUGGGAUGAGCGCAAGAAGAAGUCUCCUGAGCCCACUCGCAAGAAGUCUAAGUUUAGAGUUUGUACUAAUUGUGGUACAACUUCAACACCUUCGUGGCGGCGUAGUACCAACAACAAAAUGCUACUUUGCAAUGCAUGUGGACUCUACCAAAAGUUGCAUGGAACCGAUCGGCCCUACAGCAUUACAGUCGAUGGCAAAACCAAAGCCAUUAAGAGCAGUAUAGAUAAAGGGGUGUGCCGCGGCUGUGGUGUAACUCAAACUUCGUUGUGGCGAAGGGGACACAGUGGCGAGUGGCUCUGUAACUCAUGUGACCUAUUGCAUACUAAGCCUGCCCAAGUGGAAGAGGAGUACCAGUCGCAAGAGACCUGGAAGGAAUAUUCCGGUGAGUACCAAGAGUACCCUAACUGGCCGCAAUACACUGAGAAGGACACGUAUUCUCAGGCAGGAUUUAGGUAUGACGAAGAGAAGAACGAUGGGUACUUUUCAGAGGGGGGGUUUAGAGACUUAUAG